AUUCAUUGGAUGCAACUGUUAUUCAGUACAAGGAGGAAUUGUGCAGACGCCUGCAGACAAAUAAAGAUCAAUCUGAUGACCUUCCUUUUGAGUUCAAGGCACUGGAACUUGCGUUGGAACUAAUAUGCAUGUCGCUUGAUGCUCAGGACCGAACCUCGGGGAAGAUGAUUGGCAGUGCUGAGGAAAAGAACGGACUUUAUUGGAUAUCAGACAACCUAUCUCCCUCAAAUCAGUUCAUUCCUAAACUCUCGUUUACAGUUCAUUCUAAUUCCAAUAUUUUGUUAUGGCAUAAUAGGCUUGGCCAUCCUAGUUUUUCUUAUUUAAAACGGUUGUAUCCAGAUUUGUUCUUCAAUAAAGAGAGAGUAGUUCUUCAAUGUGAAAGUUGCAUUCUUGCAAAACAAACACAUAAUACAUAUCAGCCUCAUUCUUACUCUCAUUCUAAGCCGUUUUACUUGAUUCAUAGCAAUAUUUGGGGCCCAGCAAGAAUUCCAAACUUGACUGGUGCUAGAUGAUUUGUCACCUUUAUUGAUGACCACACAAAAGUAUGUUGGGUUUAUCUCAUGAAAGACAAAUCCGAAGUAGGUGCUAUCUUUCAAGCCUUUCAUAAAUUGGUUCAAAAUGUUUUUCAGUCCUCUAUUUGCAUCCUUAGGACUGACAAUGGUCGUGAAUACUUCUCUCAACCCCUCACCCAAUAUCUAACAAAUCAUGAGAUUUUUCAUCAAAGCACUUGCCCCUAUACUCCUUAGCAAACCGGGGUAACGGAAAGAAAAAAUCGCCAUUUGCUUGAAGUGGCUAGAUCCCUAAUGAUUGCUAGUUUUACUCCUCAUAGGUAUUGGGGUGAGGCAGUUUUAACAACCUUUUAUUUGAUAAAUAGGCUUCCAUCCAAAGUAAUAGACUAUCAAAUUCCCUUGGAUCAUCUCCUACAUUAUUAUCCUCAUACACACAUCCUUAAUUCUCUUUCUCCUAGAGUUUUUGGUUGUGUUGUAUACGUUCAUCAAACCGGUUCUAACCAUCACAAACUCGAGCCAAAAUCCUUCAAAUGCAUAUUUAUUGGCUAUUCUCCCACACAAAAAAGGAUAUAAAUGUUAUUACCCAUCAUCACAAAAAAUCUUUGUUUCUUGUGAUGUGACAUUUAUGGAAAAUGAAUUCUAUUAUUCCAGCAGUGGGCUACAGCAGGUUGAAAAUCAUUGGGAUCCUAUGGUAUCUCUUCCUCUCCCACCUUCCUUUCAACCAAUUCUCAUGGAAUCAGCCAACCUUGACUCCUUUAACUCUGUUGUUCCCUAACAAACUGAGCCCUCGGUGACUGAUUCAGGGGGAGAAAAGGCUAUCAAAGUAUAUUCAAGAAGGUCUAAGUGUUCUGAUUCUCAUCUCGGCCAAUUGUUAGAACCAAAGGAAGGUCCAACAACGGAGGAAGAACCUGCUGAACAUACUGAAUUAACCAGAGAGUAUGAUGCCUGUGAUCUAGACAUUCCUAUUGCUAUCCGAAAGGGGGUGAGAUCAUGUGUUAAGCAUCCUAUUUCUAAUUAUCUAACAUAUUCCAGGUUGUCUACACAGUUUAAGGCUUUUACAACUAUUGUUGAUGCAAUAACAGUACCUCAAAAUAUCAAAGAAGCUCUAAGAGAUCCUAAAUGGAAGGAAGCAGUGAUGGAGGAAAUGAAAGCCUUGAUGGGGAACCACACAUGGGAUGUUGUUGCAACUCCCAAAGACAAAAAAUCAUUGGCUGCAAAUGGGUAUUUACUAUCAAGUAUAGAUUAGAUGGCUGUGUGGAUAGAUACAAAGCAAGGUUAGUAGCCCAAGGAUACUCUCAAACUUAUGGAAUAGACUAUGAGGAAAUAUUUGCACCUGUAGCAAAGUUAAAUUCCAUAUGGGUUAUAUUAUCUCUUGCUAUAAAUCUGGAUUGGAAAUUGUUCCAACUAGAUAUUAAAAACGCUUUCUUAAAUGGGGAAUUAGAAGAGGAAGUGUACACGAGAAUCCCACCGGGGUUUGAAGAAGAAGGAAAAACUGGCAAAGUGUGCAAACUACAACGAUCACUCUAUGGGCUAAAGCAAUCUCCACGAGCAUGGUUCAAAAAAUUCAGCUCAACAAUCAUUAAGUUUGGGUAUACACAAGGAGAAGCAGAUCAUACACUUUUCACCAAGUGUUCAACAAAUGGAAAGAGGUGUAUCCUAAUUGCAUACAUGGAUGACAUAAUUAUAAUUGGUGAUGAUGCUUUAGAAAUUGAAAAUUUAAAACAAAGACUGAAGAAAGAGUUUGAGGUUAAGGAUCUUGGAGAAAUGAAUUACUUCUUGGGAAUGGAAGUGGCAAGAAGCAAGCUGGGCAUACAACUCUCUCAAAGGAAAUACACUCCGAACCUCCUUAAAGAUACAGGUAUGCUAGAUUGUAAACCGAGGCGCACACCCUUAAAAAGAAAUUGGAAAUAUCUCAUAAAGGAUAAUGAUCCUCUAGUUGAUAAAGAAAGGUAUCAAAGGUUUGUUGGCAGAAUGAUUUAUCGCUCACUCACACGUCUAGACAUAGCAUAUGCAGUAAGCAUUGUGAGCCAAUUUAUGCACUCACCUACUCAACAACACUUAGAUGUUGCUUACCAUAUCUUGAGAUAUUUAAAGGGGACACAUGGGAAAGGUUUGUUAUUUAAGAAAGGUCAGAAUAGAGGGGUAGAAGGAUUUGCUAAUGCUGAUUGGGCCGGAUCGGUUACUGAAAGCGGGUCUACCUCAGGUUUCUGCACUAAACUAUGGGGAAAUCUCGUUACUUGGAGGAGUAAGAAACAAACCGUGGUUGCAAGAAGCAGUGCUGAAGCAGAAUUCAGGGCAAUGGCUCAAGGUAUUUGUGAAUUAAUUUGGUUGACAAGGAUAAUGGGAGAUAUGAGAAUGCCUCUAAAAUUACCAACGAAGCUAUAUAGCGACAGCAAGUCAGCCAUAAGCAUUGUUAAUAACUCUGUUCAACAUGAUAGGACGAAGCAUGUGAGAAUUGAUAGAAGCUUUAUACAAAGAGAAAUUGAGGAAGGAGGAAUCCAACUAACUUAUGUUCCUACAGAAAAUCAAGAAGCAGAUGUUCUUACAAAGGCCAUGUCAAGACCGGGAUUUGAAGCUUUAAUUAGCAAGCUGGGAAUGAAAAAUAUCUAUUCACCAGCUUGAUGGGGGUGUUAGAAAUCUGAAUGUUUAUGAUAAAGAAGAAGAGGAUAUUGUCGUGCUACAAGAGAAAGAGAUGAAGAUAGAGAUGAAGCCGAGAUGAUGCGGAUAAAGAAGAAGAAGAGAGUUCCUAGAUAACCGGAAAAACUAUAGGAGAUAAGUUACCUAAAUAAUAGAGAUAAUGUAAAGUAGUAGAAUUAUCUUAGAAUGGAUAUAUCUUUAUAGUGUUUGAAGCUAGGUAGAAUUCUAACUUCAGUAGGAAACCUUUUGUAUAAGAGUUUGGUCUAUGAUUCAAUACAUGAUAACAUGGGAUAUUUUUUCCUAAGUUCUCUUCAACCUAACAGUUUAGUUAGGGUUAAAUUCUGUUCAGAAAUAAAUGUAUCAAUGGCCUUCUAUUAUUGUGCAAAUCUACUCCAUUUUAUGAAUACCAUCGGUAGGAUUAUUUUCUGUCAAGGUUUUGACAACUUGUCGGCCUAAUCAUCAAGAAAAAAUUGGCAUU